CUCUUGAAGUGAGCAGUUAAUAUCAAUCGACGUCAUUCAUGUAACAAAGUUCAGUAUUUGGCUUGCGAUCCAAGAUGGCCGCCGUAUGGUCGAAGUCAGUUUAUUCCAUGCAUGGUUUCCAUGGCUAAACCCCUCAGUGGUCAAGACGACCAUGUUCUUUAAGUUCAGUAGAAUGACAUAGAUUAAAAUUACGGCUUGUCCUUACAUGUAGGAAAUAGUAUUUCUGGAACCCAUCCYCCGUGUUUAACUUCCUUUCUUGAUUCAGAAGUUACGAAGUAGGAAGUUUCCUUCAUUAAGCUUUCUUGUUGGGCUACCUGUGUCUCGUGUGUCGCGGGAUCCUCGCGGGAACCAACGGGACUGUUUUUAUUGACAUGAUAACUAAACAUGGCGGAAGGAUCUGAACAGCUAGUUUCGUGCACCAGCAAAACAAAAACAAGCCAGAAAACCAUCAACGAUUUCUUAUCUGCCGAUGGAAAAUUUGCCUACAUGAGACUAUGUUCCAUUGAGUUGUGCUUGCUUUUUCCUGCUAAACACGAAAGACCAUUUGUGAAGAAGAUUUUUUGUGAUUUGGUCAAGAGUGUAGGUCUUCCAAGUGAAGCUCAAAGCAACCUUGUUGGGUGUCUGCUCUUUGACCUGGAUGCUGACAUGAAGGAUUUCGAUGAAGGUGCUUCAAAAAAUACAGUAUUAAUGAUCAAGACUCUGAAAGAUGAAUGUCAGAAGCAACAGAACCUUGUCGUCAUACCCAAGGAUUUGAUUUUAUUUGCACUUAAGUYACGUAAGUUAAACAAUUUUCUUUCUUGAUGGGCAUCAGAAUAAACUUCUCAAGGCAUGAUUUAACAAACAGCCCGAAUGGCCUACGACUCCAUGCGUCUUGGAAACAUGAAAUGUUUCUGCCGCACAGCAAAAACAUUUUUUGCGUCUUGGAAGCAAAAUUUGUUGCAGGCGGCAAUGUCUCGCAUGUGGCUAAACUGGGAAGCAUCGAGGAAACAUGCACGCGGUAAAUAUGUUUCUGGAAACAUGUUUCCUCGUUUAGCCAGGGCCUUACAUCCUACAAUUCAUUUCGGUGUUAGAUUCCA